AGUUCGCCCUCUACGCUUACGAGUGAAGCAUCGAGUCAGUACUACGUUACCAAUUUUAUCCUUUGACGAUGCCACCCAAAGCCAGCGGUAAAGCAGCAAAGAAGGCUGGCAAGGCACAGAAGAAUAUCACCAAGGGCGAUAAGAAGAAAAAGCGCAGGAGGAAGGAGAGCUAUGCAAUUUAUAUCUACAAGGUCUUGAAACAAGUACACCCGGACACUGGUAUCUCCAGUAAAGCGAUGAGCAUCAUGAACAGCUUUGUCAACGACAUAUUUGAACGAAUCGCCGCCGAAUCAUCUCGACUUGCUCACUACAACAAGCGGUCAACUAUCACAUCUCGGGAAAUUCAAACCGCAGUUAGGUUACUGCUACCUGGAGAACUUGCCAAGCACGCUGUUUCCGAAGGCACCAAAGCCGUGACCAAAUAUACAAGUUCGAAGUGAACGCCAUCCACGAAUUUCAAC